CCGUCCUGGCUGCCGCUGCAAUGGUGGCUGGCCUCUGCAGUGAAACUGCUGGGGCUGGCGUGGAUUCUCCUUGACUGAACCCUGACUGUGCGCAGUGUGUGUAACUCCGCCGCUGUCCUAUCCACACUGACUCAGCUGUGCAGCCUGCCGGCCUCUGAGAGAGCACCGGCUGCAGGAGCAGUCUCUUUCACAGGAGUGUAGUGGGGGCUGGCGGGCAGGCUCCUCACCCCCAGCUGCUGCAGGGACACAGCUUGGACUUGUUUGGGCUGAAGACACCCAGACAGCAGCUUCCAGAUUUAAGUCCAGUAUACCAGAGAGGAUAAGUUGCUGUAAAGGAUAUUUUACAAGUUCUCUGGAGCCCGCUGGAUUCUGCUGCAGCAAUUCUUUUGGAGCUGAUCUUGCUGCCAUGGAGGUCCAGUGGGCCGGGGUUGAAGUCCCGAGGAUGGGCCCUCAACACACAGCUGUCGGCCUGAUCUUCUCUCUGCUGCUUGGCGCGUGGUAUGUCCAGGGCCUGGAAAUGUCUGUGGGGAAGAUUCCCUUCCUGCAGGCGGUGAAUGGCAGCACAGUCUUGUUGCCUUGCACGUACUUGAGCUGUAUCGGCAUUAAAGACCUCUACUUCAGCUGGGCGUUUAAUGAAAAUGGCACCAUGCAGAAGGUGUGCGAUUCCUUUAUAGUGUCAGAGGAGUCGAAGCCAGAAGUGAGUAUAUAUCGAGAGCGGGUGGAGUUUAUUGGGAAGAACAUUGACCGCAACGUCUCCAUCUUGCUGUGGAACAUCACCUUCGAGGACGCAGGCGAGUGGACUUGUUUUGGACGCAACCCCAAAGAAAAGGGCCGGAACCACAGCACCAUCUUCACCCUCAUCGUGGUGGACGAGUUGAGGGUGGUGGACAACACACUGACCAUCAUCAUAGCCUCUGCUGUGGGCGGAGGAAUCGCAGGGCUAAUGGCCUUCAUGUUGCUCAAGAACUUCACUCUUUUUGUUCUUGCCAAGCUUGAGGAGAAAAAUAAGGAGUGCCUUGUAACUUCAUCAGGGAUCGACAACACAGAAAAUGGCCUCUCAGGAUCCAAAGCUGAUUCAAAACCAACACCAAAAAGGAAAUGAGAAAGUGCACGUAUAUAACAGCAUAUAAGUACUUAUAAUGAUGUACUGUUGCAUAUAUUUGUAUUUGCACACGUGUUUGCACACAAGCAAAUUCAUUAUGUUUAGGUAGGUUCUUAAAAACUGCCUGGCUGUGGCCUUCAAAGGUGAAUACAUACAUGUGCACACAAUGCUACUGCAUGUGCACAGAAAGGUAGCUGUGCAGAUGAUAUACAACUAUAGCUUGUGCAAGUCAAUGCACACAUAAUUAUUUAAAAUGUGCUCAUAACUUUAAAGAAAACAAUAUUUAAAGGAUAAUGUCACCUACCAUAAACACUUAUCCUCUAUAUACUGUAUAUAGGAUUCAUAUGUACUGCCCACCUUCCACCUGGAAUCCCAAAGACCCUUUGCCAACACAUUACCAGAAAAAACAACUGAAAGGUGUCUUUGUUUUUCUUUUGUGUGUGGUUUGCUGUAUCUUAUGAAAUGUCCCAAUUAAAGUUAAUGUGCACUUUUACUUAAUGAAAUGUGACCUGGUGGCGCACAGAGCCUGUAUAUCAGGUCCAAAAAGCAACUAGGAAAAACACUGUUACCAAGUUGCCUCUGGUUAGUUAACAACUUAACUAUUAAAAAAAGAAUAGUCUGGAAAUUCUUCAACUGAUCGAUUCCCCACUGUUCGGCAGGCUCUGUAAAAUAUAAACACAUCAACAUUGUAUUUGAUUUGUUGAUUUAUUUCUGGAUUUUUGGUCUUUUUAAAGAUUCCCAGUGGUCAUCAUCUGAUACCUCCGCACCUAAAAGCAUGCUUGUUAAUGAGCAUUAAGCUACGUGUCUCUGGUUGGUGGUUUCUUAUUGAAUUGAUUACAUCAAAACCAAAGUACGCACACAUUUUAUUAGAUUAUGGGAAUGUUUGUGUGAAUGGUAUUUAAUUGUGUGUGUGUAGGUUUAUUCAAGUAAAAAUACCUGCAGUUGUAUAUCAUUUUGCACAUAUCAAAAUAUGUGGCCACAGCCAGAGUACAUACACAUUUAAACUUUGACUGUUUUCAUCCAAAGUCAAAACAAUAUAUUUUGUUGUUUAAGCGCUUGAGACAGGAUAAAAUGCAAUGUAGUUAUAGCUGGGCUGAAUCCCUCUUUAACAAACACCAAAUUCAAAGUAUCCCUUUGAUGAGAUGGACAUCUGAGUCAACAUCAAAUGAUAUGAUGUGAUAUGAUGUCUGAUUUAUUCAAACAACUAACAAAACAAAGUGUUCUUUGUGACAGAAUAUUAUAGGACUCAGCCCAGCUCUUCAUCCUGUACCUUUCUGCUUGAUAUAAAACACAGGUGCCUGUUAGUGCUUCUAUGCUCCUCUGCCAGCGGGGACAACUACAUAUUGCAAAACAGUUUAAAGCUCAGCAAAAAAGUAAUAAUACAAUAAGCUUCUGAACUGACAUGAUAGACAAUCCCUUAAAAACAACCCCACCCCUAGAAAAUGAAUGACCCUCUGAUGAUGCUGCUUUUAAGACAAAUAACCAAUGCAUUUUAAGCAUGUGCAACACAAGCCAGAUUUUAGAUACAAUGCUUGAAAACAAAAACACUUCCUUUUUGGAGAGGAAACAUGCUCCGAUGUACUAAGACUGAUAGAGUCAGCUCUGAGGUUAACUGUAAAUCCCAUUGUAUGCCAUGCUAAUUUCAUUGUGCUAAUCCUUGCUAAGGCUAAGCACUUUUUGGUGACGUCGCCCUGGACACUGUAUGCCUUGAUCAAACUCAACAUAUAUUAGUACAGGUCACCUUGUAAAACAUGACUUGUUUCUUCUUAAACAGAGACAAAUCAGUCUGUGUUUUGCAAUAAAUUCACAGUAGUGAAAAGAUGAUCCUGCCCAUGCAUUCAGUAAAUGAACACCCAUUUCAAAUGUUAUCAACCCAUUAAAUGGCCGUUUAUCAGUUGUUAUCACUGCCAUUUUAUUGUAAUGCUGUGAAAUGGUCGUGAUUUUAAACAUGUUAUGUAAUUGUUACUAAUUAUGUAAAAUGUAACAAAAACACUUUGUUAGGUUUAGAAGAUAAUGGUUUGAGUUCAAAUACGUACAUUAGUCACAUAAGUUAAGUUAUACGUAAGUAAAGUGUGUUACCGCUGUUAAGGACAAAAAAGUAUGUUCACUUUCCUUUAUUAUUAAAUAUAGAUCAAGAUUUGAUUCAACAGAGGACACAAAUAGUAAGCCCUUGAUUACAGUUGCAGACAUUGUUGCUUUAAAAAAAUGUUUAGUCCUACACAUUGGCUCCUGUCAUUAUUACUAUGGCUACUACGUGUUGCAACCUAACGAUUUUUGAAUGUCCCAGCGUUGGUCCAACUCACCAAUAGAUAAAAAAGGUCUACUGAGCCAACUAUGAGGUAAAUUAGAACCAUACCACCUCAGAUCAUUGCUUUGAUGACAACUGGUACAAGGCAUUUAUUGGGCUAAUAAGAUUUGAAGCAGGUGCAUAAACAUCCGUUCAGCCAGCCACUACUUUUUGCAAUAAAUCAUCUUUAGCAACUGCACUGCAGUGAAAAAUAAUUAACAUGGUUGUGCUGACCAUGCAUACAGUAAAUAACCCAUACAUUCAUACUCUAAAUGAUCAUGGGAUGAGGUCUCAGAAAUCUGGCACGGUAUGGGGGCUGUAGUUCAAUCAGGAAAUAAAACAUGCCAAACGGGGAUGAUUCCUACUGAGCAUCAUGUUAGGAGAUGAAUGUAUCUGCAUCACAUACUAAAGGUGAAUACAAUUUCAUCUACAUUUACUGUUGCACAUUUAAGACACUGAAUGUCUGGCUUUAAAAUAAUUACCUCUGGAGAGUGGGACAAAUAUGUGUGUGAGCUCUGGGUCAGAUAUGAUUGUGCCUCCCCAGUUUCAGCAGGUGCUAGCUCAGCGUACUGUGCACUAUGAGUUUCUGGUGGUGUCUGAAGCUAAUUUUUAUGUUGACAAUAAUGUGCCUCCACAUUAAAGAGACUACAGCCUUUAGUCACUGGCUUGAAGCAAUAUUGUUAAAUGGAUGUGUGUGACAUUUUUUUUGUAAAUGAUUAUCCAAUGAUGAGAUCAUACAUGUGACAUGGUGAGUACAAAGCUACAGCUAAUAUCUGCUUAGCUUAGCAUAAAUACUGGAAAUGGGGAAACAGCUAGCCUGGCUCUUUACAAAGGAAACAAUCCGCCUACAAACACCUUUAAAUCUCACUAAGCAUGACAUAUCUCAUUUGUUUAAUCUUAAGAGGUGUUGGAAGUUAGAUUUCAUUUUUCAAAAGUGUUUGACAGGGCAAGGCUAGCUGUAUCAUUUCAAAAAAUAUCCCAUUAAUUAAGUUAUAAACCAGUGGACUAUUUGCUAUAAAAUGUUGAAUUAUUAUUUAGAAAUAAUUAUCAAUUUUGGGCCUAUUUGAUGACACUGAUGGAAAGGCAAAAUUGCAGAAAAAGCUGAGGUCACUUCAUUGUCCCAAUUAUUGGGAUCUUUAAAAAAACAACAACAAGGUCAUUACAGGUAGAAGGUGCAACGUGUAAUAUAUACAUGUAUCAUAUUCCUUUACAAUGUUAGACUCAAGAGAGAAAAUCCACCUUGGCGAAUAACUGUAUGAAUUGGGUUUUCAAGAUAUCAGGUCUUAACCUCCGGCUGUUGCUUUAAAAAAUGAAUACAAUGUUUAGCAAAUUAUUUUAUGGCAAUCAUUUUUUUUAACUGUUGAAAAGUGGGUUUUCUUUGACUGGCUAAUCUCUGUCAGUUGUUGUCCUGUUAGACUUCAAUAUGUGAAUGAAUUGAGAACGUUUUUGGGCAGUGAUUGUGUCAGUGAGGGCAAAU